AUGAAUUCAACAAGAAAUGAUAAUUUAGAGACAAAGUAUUUUGAUGAGAACUAGUAUAAGGAGAGUUAGCCUAUGAAUUCUAAUAAAGUGACAAGCAGAGGCUAUCAGUCUAAUAUUUUGCAUUCGUUGGCAAUACAGGGAAACCAAAAGAAAAAAUUCAAUAGUCAAAAAAGGGACAUUUAUGUUCGAAAGUUUAUGAAGAAUAUUCAAACUGGAAAUCAGAAGAUCAAGCAAUUAAAUAAGUUAUAAUUGCAAAUGAUCAAUGAUAAGGCAAGUUCAUAAAAGACUUUGAUUUAAAAAAAGUCAUCAAUACCAAAAAUAAAUGGAAGAUAAUAGAUAUUUUUGUAGAAUCUAAAAAGCUCAUUUAAAAAAAAUUUGGAUAGAGUUCCUAUUUUGUAUCCUUAUGCUAAAUUCAAAAUAUUGUGGGAUGCCCUUUCAGUCCUAACUCGAUUGUAUUUCACAUUUGUAAUUCCUUUAGAUUUAGGUUGGCAAUAGCAAUCAUUCAUUUUUUACGAUUUCUAAGCUAUUUCAAUCAUAUCUCUUCUGUUCAUAAUCUUUGAUUUGAUUUUGAGUUUGAAUACAGCCUAUUAUAAGGAUGGACAAUUAGUAACCAAUAGAAUGAUGAUCAUAAAACACAGUCUCUUUAAUUCGUAUGGAUUGCAAUGGUUCACCGUCUUUUUGUUGUUAGUGUUUUUCUUUAUUUCAAUAUCAGAGGACACACUCUAUGGAACGAAAUCCACUUUCAGUUUCUUAAUAUUGAUCCUAUUUUUGGUGCAUUUCAAACCGAUCAUAACAAUCGUGAAUUACUACGAAGAGACCUUAAACUUCAACAAAUAAAUCUAAUCGAUCUUAGAAUUGGUAAAAUUAUUAUUCGUAAUGUUUUAUUCAAUUCAUUUUUUCUCUUGCAUUUGGAUGCUUGUUGGAAAUUACAGUAUUACAAAGUACAAUAAGAGUUGGGUAUUAUAAAGUGGAGUUGAAGAUGCUGAGUGGUAGAUCUAAUAUUUGUAAUCCUUCUACUAUUCUGCUGUGACUAUGUUCACAAUUGGAUAUGGGGAUGUCACUCCUCAAUCCUCUGCUGAGAAGGUCUUGGCAGUCACUUACAUCAUAGCUGCCAGCAUAUAGCUACCGUACAGUGUGAACACUUUGGGAACCAUCAUUCAAUAAAUCUCAGUUUACACAGUCGAAAAGAAAAGGAAAUUAAGAAUUAUCUCUACUUACUUAACUUAAUAAAAGAUAUCACAAGACUUGUAAAUCCAAAUUCGAGAAUACCUCACUUUUAGAUGGGAAAACCAAUAGGUAAGCAAAAACGAUGAAGUUGAAUAGCUGAUUGGACAACUCUCGACAGACUUAAAAGACUCUUUAGUAACGGAAUCGUAUUAAUAAAUAUUAAAAAAGUGUUCACUAUUUAGUAUUGGAUUCUCUGAGGCCUUCAGAGCAAGUUUGGUGAAGGUUGCGAAGGAAAUAGCAUUAUAGCCAGAGUAAGAAUUACACACAGAUGAAUCCUCUUAGAAUAACUUGUAUUAUAUAAUAUCAGGAGAACUGCAGAUUCAACAUUCAAAUGGAAUGAAUUUAGGAACUCUUGUAUCAGGACAGUCAAUUGGAUUAAAGAAUUUUAUUACAUCUUCUCAAAAACCAGAGAAAUAUAGAAGUGUUGGGUUUUCCAAAUUGAUUUGUUUAGAAUAGAAAUAAUUCUUAAGACUAUUGCAAGAGUAUCCUGCAGAUUAUGAGAAAUACUGUUAAAUUAAGGAUUCCUUGCUGUUUUCUGAUCAAAAUUAGGAAUUGCUUCCUCAGACUUGUUUUUCUUGCAAUAGGAAAUAUCAUUCAAUGAUCAAUUGCCCUCAAAUUCAUUACGUGCCUGAUAAAGAGAAAAUCUUAAAGUCUUUUACCUAUCCAACUGAAUAGAGAAGAGCCAAAUUCAAUCGUAGCAUCAGAAUUAUGAACUUCUUGUCUCAACAACAAGUGAUAGAAGGAUUAAAGAUAGCAUCCCAAUAAUUGAUGAGAGACAAUCCUGAAAUUGUGAAAUUGUAUUCAACAGAAUAUAUGAUAAAUGAAGCAGAUUCAGGAAAGCAAUCUUUGAGUGAUAUAUAGAAUCUAGAACAGAGUUCCCACUAUUCUAAUGAAUAAGAUAAGACUCCAGAGAAGUAGCAAUUUCAGAAGAUCAACAAAUUCAAAUAGGCAGUACACAAGAUCAUUUCCAUCAAUAAUGAAUACACCCAAUAUAUUACAUUCCAUCAUUUAGAUCCCAGGAAGAGCAAGUAACUAUUACAGAACACGUUGACUUUGAGAUUGAAAGUGUUGGAAGAACUCAAAAGUAGCAUCUUCAAAAAGGAGCAAGACUUAAUUUAAUAUUUGUUGCAAUUAAACAAUAUUGAUUAUCAUUUUGAUGCUUCCCAAUUUGAAAUCGCUCUUAAUUACAAAAACUAUUACCCUAAUGACAACUAUAAGAAUCUAUUCAAUUAGAAGGAGCAGAAGAGAAACUUCAGAUUAUUAAAAAGAUUAACCUUGUACUUUUUGUAGCCUUGUAAUAUAAUUGAUUAAUUCAAAUUAACUUUCGAAGAUAUUAGUCCAAAGUUGAGUCAAAGGAGGAAGAAUCUUUACUUCUCAGUUGAUUUGGUUAUACAAUGA